CGCCGGAGCUCUGAUUCACACGUCCUUUGGCGCUGGUGCUUUGGACUCGUGCGGCAGCAGAUCAUCGGUACAAGCACGAGAUGUCUCCUUCACAUGCAGUCCUAUAGCGGCUAAUUCGGUUUUAAAAACGCGGAAUCGCGAAGAACAGCGGCUCCGCACCAUCCGGGAGCUUCAUCUGCUCCGACUGAAGUCAAUCCAGCCCGUUUGGUGUAUUACACGGAUCAGCUCGGCGUCUGUAUUCAUGUUAUUGCGGGCAUUAUAUUGUUGAAUAUAACAGAUAAUCAUGGCGAGUGACUCUCCUGCGAGGAGUCUGGAUGAGAUCGACCUGUCUGCUCUGCGGGACCCUGCGGGCAUAUUUGAGCUGGUGGAGCUCGUGGGAAAUGGGACCUACGGACAAGUGUAUAAGGGGCGUCAUGUUAAGACCGGCCAGCUCGCUGCGAUCAAGGUCAUGGAUGUCACGGGGGAUGAGGAGGAAGAGAUCAAAGCGGAGAUCAACAUGCUAAAAAAAUACUCCCACCAUCGAAACAUCGCCACCUACUAUGGUGCCUUCAUCAAGAAGAACCCACCUGGCAUGGAUGACCAGCUCUGGCUGGUGAUGGAGUUUUGUGGUGCUGGUUCAGUGACAGACCUGAUAAAGAACACCAAAGGAAACUCUCUGAAGGAGGAGUGGACGGCCUACAUCUGCAGAGAGAUCCUCAGGGGUCUGACCCACUUGCAUCAACAUAAGGUCAUUCAUCGUGAUAUCAAAGGUCAGAACGUUUUGCUCACGGAAAAUGCGGAAGUCAAACUAGUUGAUUUUGGUGUGAGCGCACAGUUGGACCGCACCGUGGGUAGGAGGAACACUUUUAUUGGCACUCCAUAUUGGAUGGCUCCAGAGGUCAUAGCCUGUGAUGAGAACCCAGACGCCACAUAUGACUUCAAGAGUGAUCUGUGGUCACUGGGAAUUACGGCUAUUGAGAUGGCAGAAGGAGCCCCUCCUCUGUGCGAUAUGCAUCCUAUGCGAGCACUUUUCCUUAUACCUAGAAACCCAGCGCCUCGUCUCAAGUCCAAGAAGUGGACUAAGAAGUUCCAGUCGUUCAUUGAGAGCUGUUUAGUGAAGAAUCACAACCAGAGACCCAGCACUGAGCAGCUCAUCAAACACCCCUUCAUCAAAGACCUGCCCAACGAGAGACAGGUCCGAAUCCAGCUCAAAGACCACAUUGACCGGACCAAAAAGAAGAGAGGAGAGAGGGACGAGACAGAAUAUGAGUACAGUGGAAGUGAAGAGGAGGAGGAAGAGCGAGACAUAGGAGAGCCGAGCUCCAUCAUAAACAUCCCUGGGGAAUCGACCCUGAGGCGGGACUUCUUGCGAUUGCAGCUGGCCAAUAAGGAGCGCUCUGAAGCCCUGAGGAGACAACAGCUAGAACAGCAACAGAAUGAGGAGCACAAGCGCCAACUACUGGCAGAAAGGCAGAAACGAAUCGAGGAGCAGAAGGAGCAAAGGAGGAGACUGGAGGAGCAACAGCGACGGGAGAGAGAGCUCCGGAAACAGCAGGAGAGAGAGCAGAGGAGGCGCUAUGAGGAGAUGGAGCAGCUACGGAGAGAGGAGGAGAGGAGGCAUGCUGAGAGGGAGCAGGAGUAUAUCCGUCGCCAAUUAGAAGAAGAACAAAGGCAGCUGGAGAUUCUUCAACAGCAGCUUCUCCAAGAACAAGCUCUUCUCCUGGAAUACAAACGGAAGCAGCUGGAGGAGCAAAGACAGGCUGAGCGAUUACAGCGGCAGCUGCAGCAAGAGAGGGCCUACCUUGUUUCACUGCAGCAACAGCAGCAAGAGCCACGGCCUGCGGACAAAAAACAACUGUACCACUACAAAGACUCAGUCAACCCCAGUGACAAACCAGCCUGGGCCAAAGAGGUGAUGGAGAGAGCUCAGAGUAACUCCCCUCGAAUCCCUCCCAAGAAGCACCAUUCGUUUAACAGUCCUGGAGAAAAACGUGUCGGCCAACUCCUCCCUCUUGACAAGAGCUCCUCUAAUCAGCCCACAAGGCCCCCCUCCUAUCCAGCAGCCUCCCACUCAAGAGAGAUGGAUCUGGCUGAGCCUCAGCUCAGGAUAGUCAGUGGGCCAAAUGUUCCUAGAAUCCGUGUGUCUUGUGAGCCAGAUCCAUCCCAGCUGCACAGGAUGGUCCAGCAGCAUCUUGAACAAGAGGCCCGGGGCCGCAAUCUCGGACACUCCAGCAAAGGGGCUGAUAUUGAGAGAGACUUAUACGUCUCAAAGGUUGAGGAACGCUCUAAGCUGAACCGCCAGAGCUCUCCGGCUCUCCAGCACAAAGUGGCCAACCGUAUUUCUGACCCCUCCCUGCCUCCCCGGUCAGAGUCCUUCAGCAGUGGAGGUAUACAGCAGGCCCGGACGCCUCCCAUGCACCGCCCGGUAGAGCCUCAGAUGGCGCACCUGGUCUCUGUGAAGUCCCAUGGCUCUUCCAUGACAGGAUCCCAGUCGCUGCAUGAUCAGUCCUCUCAGGGCGUCUCAGCCUUCCAAGAGGGUCUGUCGCCUCACAGACCACCGAUGCCUCGGCAGAACUCUGACCCCACGUCAGAAACCCCCGCCCCACCACCUCGCAUCACCAGCCGAGAUGAGAAGUUUGACCGUAGCUCAUGGCUGAGACAGGAAGAUGACGUCCCUCCAAAGGUGCCCCAAAGGACUACUUCUAUAUCUCCUGCCCUGGUGAGAAAAAACUCUCCAGGGAAUGGACCAGGAGGACUGGGGCCGAGAACCGGAACACAUCUGAUCCGAGCCAGUAACCCAGACCUGCGGAUCCCCAUGGAGUCGGCUCUCCAGAGAACCAGCAGUGGUAGUUCUUCCAGUUCUAGCACGCCCAGUUCUCAGGGCGGCUCCAGUGAAAGGAACCGGGUGGGAGGCUCCAGUAAACCUGAGGGAUCCCCAGCAGUGUCCCAAGAAUCCAAGCCCAAAACCCAGGAGGAGAACAGGGAGGUGACCAGACCCAGCCGACCAGCGAGUUAUAAGAAAGCCGUAGAUGAGGAGGAGCUGGACCUCACUGCUCUGGCCAAAGAACUCCGUGAGCUGCGAACCAAUGAGGAUACCAACCGGCCUCCCAGGAAAGUGACGGAUUAUUCCUCCUCCAGUGAGGAAUCAGAAAGCAGUGAGGACGAGGAUGGAGAAGGCGGGGCUCAUGAUGGAACUGUUCCCGUUAGUGAUAUUCCACGCAUCAUGCCUUCUGCUGGCCAGGGUGGCACUGAAUCACUGGUCAACCAGGAGGAUUCUCAUGCCAAUGAUUCAUUUGGCAAAAAUUCACAAGACAGCACCCUUAUGAUGCGAGAGACGUUUGGGGAAAGAAAGCUCGGUCAUGCCGAGAGCAAUGGUUUCCCCGGUAACUCCAAUCUGCCUGAUCUAGUGCAGCAAAGCCACUCGCCUGGCGAGGGCCCUGGGCGGCUUUCUAGUGGGCUGGACCUGGACUCUGUGGCUGAAUUUGGGAUGGGAAGUGGGUCCAAAGCCUCCUUCACUCCUUUUGUGGACCCACGAGUGUAUCAGACCUCUCCCACAGAGGACGAUGAGGACAACCCUGCCUCAGCUCAUUUUGCAGAUGAACUCCUACGACAGGAGCAGGAACAGGAACAAGCUCGACUAAAUGAGGCUCGUAAAAUUUCUGUUGUUAAUGUCAAUCCCACCAAUAUCAGGCCACAUAGCGACACACCGGAAAUUCGGAAGUACAAGAAGCGCUUCAACUCUGAGAUCCUCUGUGCGGCACUAUGGGGAGUGAACCUGUUGGUAGGAACAGAAAAUGGGCUGAUGUUGCUAGAUCGCAGUGGUCAGGGCAAAGUCUACAAUCUGAUCAACCGCAGGCGCUUUCAGCAGAUGGACGUUCUGGAGGGUCUCAAUGUCCUGGUCACCAUAUCAGGCAAAAAGAAUAAACUGAGGGUCUACUAUCUGUCAUGGCUUAGAAACAGGAUACUUCACAAUGACCCUGAGGUAGAAAAAAAACAAGGGUGGAUUACAGUUGGUGACCUCGAGGGAUGUGUCCAUUAUAAAGUCGUCAAAUAUGAGAGGAUUAAGUUUUUGGUGAUUGCGUUGAAGAAUUCAGUGGAGAUUUAUGCCUGGGCUCCCAAACCUUACCACAAAUUCAUGGCUUUCAAGUCUUUCACAGAUCUUCAGCACAAGCCUCUGCUCGUGGACCUGACAGUGGAGGAGGGUCAGAGGUUAAAGGUUAUCUAUGGCUCCAGCGUUGGUUUUCACGUGAUAGAUGUCGACUCUGGGAAUCCGUACGAUAUCUACAUUCCGUCCCACAUUCAGGGCAGUGUUACCCCUCACGCCAUUGUGGUGCUUCCCAAGACCGACGGCAUGGAGAUGCUUCUGUGUUAUGAAGAUGAGGGAGUCUAUGUGAACACAUACGGCAGAAUCACUAAAGACGUGGUGCUCCAGUGGGGAGAGAUGCCCACCUCUGUUGCCUACAUCCACUCCAACCAGAUCAUGGGCUGGGGAGAGAAAGCCAUUGAGAUCCGCUCCGUGGAAACGGGACACCUCGACGGAGUUUUCAUGCACAAGCGAGCACAGCGACUGAAGUUCCUUUCGGAGAGAAACGAUAAAGUGUUCUUUGCCUCAGUCAGAUCAGGAGGCAGCAGCCAAGUUUUCUUCAUGACCUUGAACAGAAACUCCAUGAUGAAUUGGUAAUUCAUCCCCGCCCUUCCCUGCAUUGUAUCUGUGGACCUUUUCUACUUUAUUGAAAAGUGUGAAAAAAGGAAAGACAGGAAAAUCCAGGUGCGCUGGAUAAUCUGACGGACGGCAAAAAGACCAAACCUUGCUGGGACCUACUCAGAAGAGUCAAAGACAAACCCAAAAUCCACACGCCUCCCCCCCAACAACAAGGGGUGACCGAGAAGAACAACCGAUCUGCGUUAUUUUUAUGGCUCUUUUACUAACAUGCGUGGGGUUCUGGUGUUUUUGUCCUUACAAAUCUCUAUCUAGAUUCUUCUGAUGGUGAAGACUGGAAAUAUGGGGAAUGAAACCCACAGAGUAGAGUGAAUAUUUGUACUGUUAAGACACUUUUCGACAAAAAUUCAGUAAACCUCCCUUGCGGGAUGAAUCCAUUGAGGCUGGUUUGUGUGAUCAACCCUUUUUCUUUUUUAUGUUUCGGCUUGGAAUGCACACAGAUGUUUGUGUCAUGUGGAUAUCACUCUAAUGUCUGAUAUUUAAGACUUGUAUGAUACUUUGCCACAUUAUGUUGGAGCAGACACACUUCGGGCUGUCCACAGAAUGCCUUAAAUAUGAAUUCGCAAAGCUGCUCGUUUUUAUUUUCAAGUCCAUAAUAUAUCGUCGUUCAUGCGUAUUUCUGUAAGGAAAGGAAAAUGCUACUUUUUUUUGGAUGGAAAUUGAUGCCUGCUGAUAUGGACGUAUAAUGGAACUAUAUAAUGAUUCUGAAUAUUCAUUCUGUGCAUUCCUAGUUUAUCCCAAAGCUCUAUAGUAUUCACAUUUGGAGCCUGUGGUUUGGCACUGUUUUCCUUGUGCUCAGGGAGACGGUGCUGUAGAUCACACCGUUUUCCAUUCAUUUCCAUUGACUUUACAACUUAUGUUAAGGGCGAUUUAAAGGGAUAGUUCACUCUAAAAUUUCAAUUCUGCUCUCGUGCCAUUCCAAAACUGUUCAACACAUUAAAAGACAAGUUUAUCAGACUGUUCAAGUUGCUUUCUUAAAUUGCAAACCAAUAAAAGUAUUCAGUGUGUACUAUAUUGCUAGUUUCUGAAGCCAAAUGAUUUGUGUGAGGAACGGGCUCAAAAAAGUUCUGGUCACAAAUAACAUCCUGGACAUUGACAGAAGUAUUCGAGAGACAAUAAUCCACAUGGAUUGGAUUAUUUCAGUGAAACUGGUCUGCUAUUCUUGAACGCUUUAUCACCACAGUGCUAGGAAACAGUCUUAAUACUUUAAGUGACUGGUAAAUACUACAGAGCUUUCUGUUGAAACAUAAAAAAGUACAUUUCGAGUAUCACGGUUUCUGUAAGAGUGUAUGAACGAUGAGAUGUAAUGCUUUCCACCAAUGAUACAAAAAUGACCAUUAACAUACCAGCAAUCUCAAUUGUUUUCGUAUCAGGAGUAAGAAGUGUCAUUUAGAAGAAGAAUGUGCUGCAGUUUUGUAUUUUUAAGUUUCAUUUUCUCAUGACUUUCAGCAAAGUGCAAUAAAGGCCAAGGGAAUCGAGCCUGGUGAGUCGAUUGCUCACCUCUCCUCAUGAUGGAUCUCCAACUCUUUCUAGAGGGACAUGCACUAGCACCCUCUGUAAAUAUCCACUUCCGUUUUGGAAAAAAGUCCUGCCUCCGAAUCGAAUGCAUAGGAACUGUGAGGAUGUGACAGAAAUGUGUGACGCUGUUUGUGGUUCUAUAAGAUCCACCUCCUUCUCUGUGUGAAUCACAUGAAUCAGUGAAGGGUAGUGUUUUGUGAGUAGAGCUUCCUUUUAGGCUACCUCGUUUCUGUUCACCUGUUGGAUCGGUUCAGUUUUCCAUGUGGGUAUUGACUAUUGAUGCCGUAAAUCAAACCUUUGUAAGUAACACAAGGCAAUAUUACAGAUCGUAGUUUGAAGAGGCAAAUAUUUAUUCUCUGGCAGGGGGAGGGAUUGUGUCUUUUUGAAAUGCAACCAGUAGAUCAGUGAAUUUUCAGCGUUAUUCAAUUAUAAUAGGUAUUUUCAAUUGGCGAUGAGGAUGUUGUAAUUAAAAAAAAAAUGUAAAAUAAGGCUAUGUUGUCAUUCCAUGUAGAUUCAGAGGUGAUUUGAGUGUAGAGUGCCAGACAGAGAUAUUCAGAAAUGGACAAAAAAAUGAAUGAAUAAAUAAAUCUUGGUGCAAUGUCUUGUUUAACAGCCAAAUCAAGCCUACACUUCACAUGAGGGUGAUCCUUCACCUUUUUCUGAUUUUAAGGGAAAGCUUUUACUUUUUCUUUUUUUGGUCCCCUAAAAACAUGCUCAGUAAUUUAUUUGUACAUUUUCCUUUUUUUUUUUUUAAUCCAAUACUACUGUCAUCACCGCCAUGCCAAGAAUUGUAUUUUACUCAUUAAUUUUAUCAAUUUUCUUUCUUCUUUUUUUUUUUUUUUUUAUACCAAGCACACAACUGACAUUAUUUCUUUAAGUCCACUUUAUAUAACAACAUUGCAUUUUUAGGAUUACACAUACACAAAAAUGCCUCUACCUGCAGAAUCGCCAAUUAAUAGACUUGAAGUCCUUCCAAAUGAUGUGGCAUUUUAUUCAAAUAGGAAUCAUGAAAUAACAGUCCUUUAUAUACUUUUAUAUAUUUUCAUUACAGUUCUGUAAGGGCAAUAGUGUGAAAUUCACUUGACACCACAAGCAUCUUUUGAGACUUUGUGUUUUUUGUCCAUCAAACUGUGAACUGUGUGGAUGUGUGUGUGUGUGUGCAGGUUCAUUUGGUUUAUCAACACGGCCGUGAGGUCGGUUGAUUUCUUCAUCUCUGGUGCACCACCUUCAUCGGUGGAAAGUCUUUUGAUGUGUGCUUGACCUCAUUUUCUUUCUUAAUAUGGACAUUAAUACUGUAAGUACAUCCUUUAUAUUCAGGCCGAGUGAGUCGUUGUUUUAUUUCUGUAUUUCUCUUUUUUUUGUGUGUGUAUUAAAAUUUGAGAUUUAUAGCACAACCAAGCAUUCUGGAUAUUGGCUGUUAUUUUUAUGGUUGUUCCAGUGUGUGUGUGUGUGUGUGUGUGUGUGUGUGGGUGUGAUUUUAAACAUCCUUUUUUUAAGCCUGUAAUUCCACAAGUUAAAGUAGAAAUGCAGGCAUUUUGACACUUAAACAAUAAAAUGGCGAGGUUUCAAGAUUACAAGCCUUCUGUUAUAGACGUUUGAAGCUGAAACUGGGCAUAUCAUGCUUUGUUCAAAACAUAUGCAGGCUGUAGUAUUUUAUAAAUAGAUUUUUAAGGCUAUUAAACUAGAAUUUUGUUCCAAAUGUAACUUUAAAUGUAGCCUGGACUUUUAAGAGAAGGUGAUCUCAUCUAAUCUGUGCCUAGUCCAUGUAGUGGGUGUUACAUUUUAUUGCUUACAAUUUAUUACAUAUUGUAAAUCAAACAAACAACAAAGUCACUGAAAUCCCCUUUGUGUCAUCCACAAAAGAGCUGAAUCUUCUAAAGCAAAUAUUUUAUGGUUGUAAAACUUUUUACAAUCCAGUUUUCUUGAUAUCCUGAUCCAUUUUAUUUAUUGUUUUGUACUGUGCUUUAAUGCUGGUAUCUGUAUUUAGAAAGCAGCAGUGUUAUUGCUGCUUCUUUUUUAAAGGGAUUGUUUUCUUUAGCUGUGUUCUGGAUUAGUUUGUCUUAGAGAAAUUUGAAAUCUAUAUUAUAAUGUCAGAGAUGCUUUAAUAUGAGUGCUUUAUUUUACCUUUUUGUUUGUUUUCUUAUUUUAAUGCAGUAUUGUCCAGUGCUCUUUCUUUUUGAAAUAAAUUCACCCCUGAUAACUGCAAAAAUGUUAUAUAAUAGGGUUGUUUGUGGAUCUAUUCUAGUCUUGGUAACCAAUACUCAGUGUUUAUGUUUAAAGAGGAAAAUGGCAGAGAGAAGACUGCAUAUCAAAUGUGAUGGCAAAGCAGGUCGGUGGAUCAGUCUAGAAAAGCUAUAGCAAUAAUGAGCAUUACUGCUUCUGUCAGACGUCAUGUUAGACCCUUUUCUACUUUGACUGAAGCUCCUAUUUUUUGAUCUCAUUCAGAGAGAGCCGAGCGUUUCUGAAUGAGAGUGUGAAAUGGAAAAAUGGAAAUAUUUCAGAUUUUGGAAACUCACCCAGUGUGUUCACUUGUCACCUAAAACAGACAGUUUCUUUGCUUUAAAAAAUAAUAAUAAUAAAUUGACACAUCAAACCAGA